CGUCGUGGGGGAGACGCCGGCGCAAGGGCUGCAGAGAACGGCUCGUGGGCUCGCCUGGGGAGCUGCUGCCGAGCAAUGGUGAAAAUUGGCUUCCCGCCGGUUACAGCUGUGCUCAAGCCGGAGAAGGAGGCUGCAGGCUCGGCGGCAGCUGCAACGAGCCAUGGGGCCAAAGCAGAAGGCCUCCUCCUGCCUCAGGACGUGGAGAAGCAGUCCUUGUCUUUGCCGCUGUGGAGCCGGAGAUCUCUUACUUAUAUCUUCUUCUUGGCCCUGGGACUUAUACUGUUGCUGCUCGGCCUGAUUUUAACAUCGACGUACAUCUACAGAUAUUUAUCUCUUACUCACUCAGUUGCUCGCAUGGGCAUGGAUACGCAAAGGCCAGAGUAUUACGAUGAUGAGGAAGGAGGAUUGGAGUGUGACUACUUUGAAUUCGAUGAUUCCUCUGAAAUCAGGACAGUGUAUGAGGAUGUGAAGAUUUAUCUUGGAGAGGAUUAUGAGGAGAUCAGCAUCCCAAGGCCCAACAUUGGUCAUCCUGCAGAUAUUAUCCAUGAUUUUCAGCAGGGGUUGACAGCUUAUUAUGAUCGAGUAGUAAAUAAAUGCUACAUUGGUGAGCUGAAUACUACUAUUGUCAUGCCACUUAAGCAUUUCUGGGAACUGAAGCUUAAUAUAAAGAAAGGGGACUACUUGCCACAAACCAACAUGAUCCAGGAAGAGAGGAUGGUGAUAGAACAUAUCACUGACCCAGAUCUGCUUGGCUCCUACAUCCAUAAACUCUGCCAAGGCAAAGAAACCUUCAAACUGGACCAUAGGAUCUCAAGAGGACAUAUCCAUCAACGAGCUACUGAGAAGUGUCAUCACAUCCGCCAUUUUGCAAAUACUUUUGUGGUUGACACAGCAAUUUGCCAGUCAUUGUGAGAACUGCCACUCAGAUGUUUUUGUAUCCUGGGCUUUGUUUCCCUCCCUCCCUCCCUCCCUUCAAAAAAUGCCCACCAUUGUCUGUCUAUUACUAAAUUGUUAGGUUACUGAUGUUUGACACUGGGCCAGUGCUUAAUUUAUAUAUUAACCCUCAUUAAUUUUUCUGGAGUGAAAACUGGCAUAAUAAUCUGUUUUCAGAGUGCAUGUUGUCCUGUGAGAUGUCUACAGAUGGGAACAGGAAGGCAAAGAAAAAAACAAAAAAAUUACAAGAGAUGGAAUAGAAAACUUUGAGAUAAAUAUUGUCCUUGUAUAUGUCUGCCCUUCUUCACAGACAAUGAAUUAGCAUGUGGAAUCUCUUGGUAAGGACAUCUGCUGAGUAUAGAAAGCAUAUUAUAUAUAUCAGUGUAGUAUUAAUAAAAUCACUGUAAAAUUAAAUCCUGAAAGUGAAGAGGAAGGUGCAUCUAAAUUAAUCAUGUCUGUAGUCUUAAAUAGAAAUCAUAGUCUUAAGAGACUAGGUUGUUCUAUGUCACAUCAUGAGAACAUGACAUGUUCUCAUGUCUCUGAAGUAAUUUGUGUGUACACAGAGUCUCUCUGCAUGUGGUAUAGGACAAAAACUUAAUCAAUGACAGUAGCUCCAGCUCAGUCAGUGGCCAAAAUAGAUUGUUUAGUAAUAAUCUGAUUCAUUGGCUCCUUAGAGGGGAAAAAAAACCCCUACAUUUAUCUUUCUUGGGUCACAAUAAUAAGUUAAUUACUUAUAAUAAUUAAGUUAACUACAUUCCAUUUAAUUUUUGUUUCCUGCAUGGCAGAUUCUGUCAAAUGGAAUUGUCUGUACAAUAAUUUGAGUUUUGGUAGUAUUAAUGCUUCAGAUUUCUGCCAGCAACUUAAUUUUUUGUAGAAGUCAGGCUAGACAUUCAUAUGAGUAGGUGCAGCUAUUGCACCACUAAUAGGCAACUUCAAAUUAAGAGCUGAACUGGACUUUAAUGCUUAAUCUGAGUAAGUAGCACUAUAGAAGCUACUUUAACUAGAUAUAAUUAAAGCUGCUUGUUAUAGCAGCUCUUGACUCAAAACAUUGGCUCCAUUGUGGCUUCUGAAUUAGAGUCCUUGGGCUCAGAAGGUGGUCACAUCAAGAUGGUAGUUGUGAGAUGGGCUUUGAGGUACCAUUGGCAAGUAUUGCAUACCUCUAAUGAUGGGAUACUAGCUUUUAGUGUGUUAAUUUAGCCCAGUUUCCACCCCAGUUUCCUUGAUAAUUGUGUAUAGUGUGUAUAGCUUUAUUGAUAAAUAAAUACUUUUUUCUCAAAAGGAGACAAAAAAGAACUAUGUACUAAAAUAGUGGAGAUGUUUAGGUUGUACAAUUUGUAUUUCAUAAUUAGAUCAUAUCACCCAUUCAGCUGGAUGGAUCAGUCAUGAAGAUUGGUUACACUUUUAUUGAAAUGAAGUAAAAUGUUUGUUUAAAAGCCCCCCAAAACAGCAGAUGAAAGUUGAAGAGCAGAUUUGUGAAGGAUUUAUGCUUCUGUGGGCAAAGUCUGGAAGGGAAACAUGCAUAUAAUUGUAUAGCUUUUCAUCUGGGAAAUAUUUGAGUUUUGAAUUGUCUCAUUUUUAAAAAUAUAUCUUCAUUCAUUUUGAACUUUCUGUGUUUAUGACUGAGAGAUGGGCUAGUUGUAAUAAAUAAAUGGCUGGUCUUUGUCUAAUUUAAAUGGUCCAUGUGGCAUUUUUUUCCUCAAUGAGGUUUAGCCGAAGAGCAGCAACUUACAGUACUAUUACAAAUCAACUGGAAGUUCUGUGGCUUACCAGUGCUAACAGAAGGCUGCCUAGUGUCUACCCAAUAAAGAAUGACAAGUCUUUUUAAUCUAAUAAAAUGCUUCGUACCAUAUCCAGAGAUGGAUUUGAUGUGAUCCCUUUUAAAGCAGUUAUGUCAUAUGUAUAACUUUCUUUGAUGCUAUUUUCUCUUCAAUCAGGCAUUGCAAAUAAAUAUUAUCUCCAGUUAAUGUAUGCAUUCUGCUUAUUCAUGAUAGUAUUUCUAUUGAUUUUAAGAGGAUGUUAACUGAAGAACUCAUGUACCUAAGGUUAGUUUUAAAAAGAAAAGGACAUGAUAGUUUGAUUCUUGUUUCCAACGUUAUAUUUAAACCUUGCUUUCAUACUAUUAUCUACUACUGUAAUUUGAUCUCAAGUUAGAUAUUCAAACUUUUCUUAAACCAAUAAUAUUUUUUGUUCAUUAAUCUUGUUAAGUUUGUAGAAAACCCAAAUCAUGAUGAUGAUGCCAUAAUUCUUUUUGUAAAAAACUAAAGUAGAUUUGAAGUCAGAACAUCAUAAUUGUGGAAUAGCCAUCUCCAACCUGCCUGGGACGUCUCAUACUUUUGAAGGAUGGGCAUCUGGUUGGGAAAGUCUGCUCUGGGAUGGAAGAAAACAUUUAAUGCUUUAUAUAUUUCAUCUGGGAAAAAUAUUUUAAAUCAAAUGAGGUA